UGCCCAGAAGCCCGGGCCAAGCAAGCGCAGGCUAAGGAGACCCAGGCGGCGAAGGCGCGAGCCCUUGGCAGCGCAGCAGCGGAGGAGCAAGAGGAGGCGAAGGCAGAGAAGGGGCCCCCAAAGAAGUGGUGGUGGUGGGCGUCGUGGCCAUGGCGGCGGCUAUCGCCAGCUCGCUCAUCCGGCAAAAGAGACAAGCCCGCGAGCGCGAGAAAUCCAAUGCCUGCAAGUGUGUCAGCAGCCCCAGUAAAGGCAAGACCAGCUGCGACAAAAACAAGUUAAAUGUCUUUUCCCGGGUCAAACUCUUUGGCUCCAAGAAGAGGCGCAGAAGGAGACCAGAGCCUCAGCUUAAGGGUAUAGUUACCAAACUAUACAGCCGACAAGGCUACCACUUGCAACUGCAGGCAGAUGGAACCAUUGAUGGCACCAAAGAUGAGGACAGCACUUAUACUCUGUUCAACCUCAUCCCUGUGGGUCUUCGAGUGGUGGCUAUUCAAGGAGUUCAAACCAAGCUGUAUUUGGCAAUGAACAGCGAGGGAUACUUGUACACCUCGGAGCAUUUCACACCUGAGUGCAAAUUCAAAGAAUCAGUGUUUGAAAAUUAUUAUGUGACAUACUCAUCGAUGAUCUACCGUCAGCAGCAAUCAGGCCGAGGGUGGUAUCUGGGCCUGAACAAAGAAGGAGAGAUCAUGAAAGGCAACCAUGUGAAGAAGAACAAGCCCGCAGCACAUUUUCUGCCCAAACCACUGAAAGUGGCCAUGUAUAAGGAGCCGUCUCUGCAUGAUCUCACGGAGUUCUCCCGAUCUGGAAGUGGGACCCCGACCAAGAGCAGAAGCGUCUCCGGUGUGCUGAAUGGAGGCAAAUCCAUGAGCCACAAUGAAUCAACGUAGCCAGUGAGGGCAAAACAGGGGCUCUAUAACAGAACCUUACCUCCAGGUGCUGUUGAAUUCUUCUAGCAGUCCUUCAUCCAAAAGUUCAAACUUAUCAGAGAGGUUUACCAAACACACAGGCAGAGUUCCCUAUUCUAUCUGCCAUUAGACCUUGUUAUAAUCCAUACUAAAGCCCCAUAAUUUAGAUUGAGCUUGUACAAAACAAUGGCAAGCAUUAUCAGUGAACUAACUCUGGAGGAAGGACUGCCAAAUCUUCUCAUGAUCUCACCUAUACUUUGGGGAGAACACAGCAAAAAUAUUUCACAGCACUAAUGCUGGCCAAUUUGUUUCCCAAAUAAGAAAAUUUAAAAGACCACAGCUAUUCUUUAAAAAAAAAAAAAAGUAAAAUUAACUGCUUAAAUGUUUUGUAGGGGCAGAAAAAAAAAUCUGUGAACCGUGUUGUUUUCUUGGCUUCAUGUUUUCUAUCUAUGCUUGAUGCAAAUGUACUCUUUAAUAUAGUGAAAUUGUAUGAUUUCUGAAAUCCAAUGGUUCUAUUGACUCUCACUUAAUCCAAAUCAACCAAAUUCAGGGUUGAUUCUGAAUUGGCAUCUCAGGCUCAAGGUAACAGUGUUCUUACAGUUUUUCCUCUCCCUCCCCUCCCAC